GCACCGGGGCACCUAAGCAGCCAGCCUAGUCGGCGGGAGCCGCAUCAUCAGCUGCUCAUCGCCCUCCACUUUCUACAACCUUCUUUCCGCGAUUCACCUGACAACCUGCUCCCAGAGCUCUACUAUUCUCCCGACCCAUCCUCCGCUUCAACCGUCUCCUCCCCGAUCCGCCAACAAUCACGUCCCCAACCGGACCUCUCGAAACGUCUACCUAGCAUUGUACGACUCUUCAUCACCAGCACGACAGCGGAACCACCAUGUCCAACGCGAAGUACACCCCCGCCCCACAACAGGACCCUGACGACGUCCCGGCGGGUCCUGCAUACAGCCAGGCGCCACCAUCCUAUCAGGCCGCCGACGACGAGGCCCGUCUCUUUGCCGGCGAGGCUCGAUCUUCUGAAGACCUCCCCGAUGACUUCAAGUUCGGCGGCUCCGUCGCUGAGGCGACGAUCGACAUUCGCAACCAGUUCGUCCGCAAGGUCUACACCAUCCUGACCGUGCAGCUGCUGGCCACCGGCGCCGUGAGCACCAUCAGCUUCGUGUCGCCAGCAUACAAGGAAUGGAUUCAAGGCCACCCCGCGCUGGUCUUCAUCUCGAUGUUCGGCGCCAUCGGGAUGAUGCUCCUGACCUACUGGAAGCGUCACUCGUACCCGACCAACCUGCUUUUCCUGUCCGGCUUCACCCUUCUCGAGGCCUAUACCAUCUCCGUCGUCGUCUCUUUCUACAAGACCUCUAUCGUCCUUAACGCAGUGCUCCUGACCGCGGGCAUCUUCGUCUUCCUCACUGCCUUUGCCUGCCAGACCAAGUACGACUUCACCUCGUGGAUGCCCUAUCUUUUCGGCGGGCUAUGGGGGCUGAUCCUCUUCGGCUUCAUGGCCGCCUUCUUCCCCUACUCCUCGACCGGAGAGCUCAUCUACGGCGGGCUCGCCGCCCUGAUCUUCAGCGGCUACAUCCUCGUCGACACCCAGUUAGUCAUGCGCCACCACCACGUUGAGGAGGAGAUCGCCGCGGCUAUCAGCUUGUACCUAGACAUCAUCAACUUGUUCUUGGCUAUUCUGCGCAUCCUGAACAGUCAGCAGAAUAAUUAGGGUGGCCAUGGAAUCGCCCUCCGCGACGCAAAGAACGGGCAAAACCUUGCAGGCAUUUUUUUGGCAUACCACAGGAAUCAUGCAGGCCUGGCUGGAAUUUGCAGCGGUCCUUCUCUAAGUUAUUCCUUUUGGGUCGCACGACCAAGUGCUGUGACACCCUCAACAGCGCACAAGUCUGGCACGCCGUCCACAACUCUCACCCUCAGAAUUUGGGUCUCUUUUAUUGAUGGGUAUCAGAUUGGCGGAUAAUGAAGGAAAGACUCAUUGGCGUUGGGAUUGUAACUGCUUUCAAGUCUGACCCUUCUUACAGUUCCAUUCCAAUCAAUUUAAUUCUCAAUCCAACAAUGAUAAUCAUAUGCAA